AAGUUUUUUGUCUGUCAAUCGCUAGGGGACUCCAGCGUGGUGAUGCAUUGGACACACACUCACUCACAGUCACACACACAUACACACGCAUCUAGAUUAAUGUACUGCUCAGGAUGUUGCAACCGCAGCAGCCCAUCACAGGCAACGGGCCCAGCGCAAGCCGCGGUCUCGGGUUGAGCGUUCACCCGGGAAUGCAUCCCCUUAACCCGGUGCACCCGCCCUCUCAACACCGCCCCGAUGGAGACCCCGCGGGCCUCGAAGCCACCGAAAAUGGACACGACAACCGCCGAGACAUUGGAGAUAUACUGCAACAGAUCAUGACGAUCACCGACCAAAGUUUAGACGAAGCUCAAGCAAAAAAACACGCUUUAAACUGUCAUCGGAUGAAACCGGCUUUAUUCAGCGUCCUGUGCGAAAUUAAAGAGAAAACUGGUCUCUCCAUGAGAAACGCUCAGGAGGAGGAGCCUCCAGACCCACAGCUCGUGCGAUUGGACAACAUGCUGCUGGCCGAAGGCGUGGCCGGUCCAGAGAAGGGGGGCGGAGCCGCCGCUGCGGUCUCUGCGGCGACCAGCUCUGGCGGGAUGUCACCUGACAGCUCAUUGGAGCACUCCGACUAUAAAAGCAAGUUGAGCCAAAUUCGGAACAUUUACCACACAGAGCUGGAAAAAUACGAGCAGGCCUGCAGUGAGUUCACUACCCAUGUCAUGAACCUGCUGAGGGAGCAGUCGCGCACCCGGCCCGUGUCUCCGCGCGAGAUCGAGCGCAUGGUGGCCAUCAUCCACCGCAAGUUCAGCUCCAUUCAGACGCAGCUCAAGCAGAGCACCUGUGAAGCGGUCAUGAUACUGCGCUCACGCUUUCUGGACGCCAGACGCAAGCGGCGUAAUUUCAGUAAACAGGCUACAGAGGUGCUGAACGAGUAUUUCUAUUCACAUCUAUCGAACCCUUACCCGAGCGAGGAGGCCAAAGAAGAGCUGGCCAAGAACUGCGGUAUCACUGUGUCUCAGGUGUCCAACUGGUUUGGCAACAAGAGGAUUCGCUAUAAGAAGAACAUUGGGAAGUUCCAGGAAGAGGCCAAUCUGUACGCCAUGAAGACGGCCCUAGGGGCGACACAGAGCGAGGAAUCACCCCACACUCCAAACUCCACUGGUUCAGGGUCGUUCUCGCUGUCGGGGUCAGCUGACUGCUUCCUAGGAGUUCCUCCAAUGAACGGAGAGCAGCCUCCCUAUCACAUGGGGGCUCAGGACGCUCAAUCACGCUUCUCAGAAAGACUCUAUAGUACCAGAGAGAGCCGGACUAACGGUAACUGGCAGGAGCAGAACACGCCGCCCUCCGCCGCUUCACCCGGAUCCGAUCACUCCGACAACUCUGACUGAUGACCCCGAGGACAGACGAACGACGAAAGAAUGAUGGUCACUCUUCUACCCAACUGCAGUUUCAGUUUUUCUUGUUUGUUUUUUUACUUUUGUUAUUAUUAUUAUUAUUAUUAUUAUUAUUAUUGGACUUCACAUUGAGCCUCAUUCAUGAAACACAAGCAGAGUUUUUCAGUGUAAAUCAUUCAUAAAAUAUUCUUACAAAAAUUGUCAUGUUCCAUUCAAUGUGAUAAUCUACAUAAGAAUGGGCCUCAUUCAUAAAACAUGAGCAGAGUGAAUUUUUUCCGUAAAUUGUUCAUAAAAUGAAUUCAAUACGUGAAUAUAUAUGUGUGUGUGUGUGUGUAUAUAUAUAUAUAUAUAUAUAUAUAUAUAUAUAUAUAUACACACACACACACACACAGUAUAUUGGUUCAGCUUUUGUUUCAUGAAUAAGGCCGUUUCUCCGUUUGGAUGAAUGAGUGUUUGUGAGACAGAAGAGCUGGAUGAGAUCAUGGCUUUUAGUAUUUUAUUCUAGUUUUAUUUUACACGUUUCCACUACAUCACAACUUCCACUAUUUGUUACUGCAAUAUCUGGGUGUUGAAAGGGGAACUUUUUAACCUGCAUUAAGACUGCUUUCAUUAUAGCUAUAUUAUUAUUGUUAUUAUCACUGCUCUAUAUUGUUUAUUCAAAGCUCAGAUAGAAUUGGCUUGGGUGAAGGGGGCAAUAGAGAAAAAUCCAAAGAUUGUGUUUUGUGUGUGUGUGCGUGUGAGUUUCUCUUUUUUACUGGGUUUGUGUAUGUAUCAAUUAUAUGAAUGAGGUGCGUUUGCUGUCUUUAUUUACCGUUUGAAUGAGUAUAUCAACAGUGCUGUCUUUUUCUCUGUACAGUGAAACACCUGUAUUCUCUACCUCUUUUACAAUAAAGACUGUCUGUGUACACAUUCA